AACACACUUUAAGAGUCAUAUGAGGUUGAGUCACAUUUAGAAGUUCCUUACUUAAAUAUAUUUGCAUAAAAAAUGUCUCCAUAAACUGCUCCAUGCCAUAUUUAAAAUAGCAACCUUAUAAAAUAAAAUGACAACCUCACGCUCGUCUAUGUCCUAUGGUACACUUUAUCCAGAGAUAUACUUAAUUUCAAAUCUGAUUUGUUGUCUACAGGGUACAGUGCAAACACAGUGCUUUAUUAACGGUAUUAAUAAAGCAUUUUAAAGCCCUGUCGCAUUAUGAAUUUUAUUAACACAUUCACCAUUUUCUUUGAAAUAUAUAAACUGCCCCCAUGAAUUUUCUUCAAUCCCGGGUUUCCGGUAUUAACAAUAUGGACGUUUAACAAUAUGACAUUCGACUUUCAGUAAUUGAAUUUUGCGUCCCUUUUCAUCCUCUACAUCCUCGGCAGGGGCGAAAGGCGGGCUGAAGGAUGGUCCAUCAUAAUAAUCCGAAUGGCUAAGGCAUUACCUGACAGAUUUUGUCCGUAGCCCAAGUUGCCGGAUAAAUGAUUUGAUUGGAACUUCGACAACUGCGCAAUGUUCUAAGGCGCUGAAUACUGAUUAACAUUGUCAAUUUCCGGGACAAUGUCAACUUUGACUGGUGAAGCAGGGAGCAGUGCAACGAAGGGGGAUCAGUCGGUCAUCAAUCAAUCAGGUGGAUCACAACCCCCAAAUCCCUCAGGUCAUCACCAUCAUCAUGUUCAAGCCACCGAAGUGAUUCAUGGAGGAAUCCAAAUCGAGUCUCGAUCAUUUCAUGACACCGAUUUGGGAGGAACGGAAGGAAAAGGAGUCGUCUGCUGUAAAGGAGUGUACAUAGGAGUCGGAGCCGUCUUCGGUACCAUUCUUCUCGCUUGCGUCAUCAUCUUGAUUUUUUUCAUCGUCCGAUCUACCACGUAAUCCGAGAGAAGAAACAUUGUUCAGCCAUUUUUGUACAAAUUCAAAUUCCCUGUAUGUCUAAAAUGCAGUAGUCUACACAUAUUAUUUGGAACCUAAGAUCUGAAGAUGAUCUGGGAAAUAAAUUUUUCGGCUUAAAAAAUUGAACAAAUAUUCUGUGGUUGUUUAGAAGAUGAUGUCAGUCAGCACAGGUUUAGUCAGUUUGGGAUUAAGAAACACAAAUACUUUGAACGUCUUGGAUAAAUAAUUUGCAAAUA